AUGGGCUGGAAAGCGGCUCAGAAGCUGAUUCAGAAAUGGAAGAUUUUGAGAGGGGAUAACGUAAUAGCUCUUUCAAUUUUUAUUUUUUUCCCUCUCUGCCGCUGUCUGUGGACGAGCCUUCACUGGAGAAGAAUGACUUGCAUUUCUAGAUUAUGGUUCACUUGUUCUAUUUAUUGUUCAGGUGAUGAUAAUAAGGGGAAAGGAUAAGGGUGAGACUGGUUUCGUCAAGCGUGUUGUCCGUUCCCAGAAUAGAGUGAUCGUCGAGGGGAAGAAUCUGGUUUGUCUAUCGUCUCUCCUCCCCUUGGCCGUCAAUUGAAGAAAUCAUGAGGGAAAUGGUCCUGGACUUUUGCGGUGAUUUUGAACGAUGCCAUCACUUUUCGAUCAUUUUCUCUCUGUCUCUGGGUACCUUCAUAUCGCUAUGGGCACGUCUUCUUAUGAAUUAGAAUCUCAAUUGGCGUCUACUUCCAUUGGCGACAUGUUGUAUGCCUGUUGAAUUACUGGUGUUGAAGUUUCAUCUUCUUCAAUGUUUGAUUCACUUAAGGUGAACAACAUACUUAUUCUUUUCUGCAACAUCUAUCAGCAAAGAGCUGUAUCUUAUAUAAACUAUGCUGUGGAAGUCUCAUCUUCGUCAACAUCUACAUACCUUAAAGUGAAUAAGUUACUGGUUUUCAGCAACAUACCUCUGCAAACUGUUUUGUUUCCCCAAAUACCUGGUGUUUAAGCUUCAUACUCCAUAAAGGGUCCAUGAAGGUCUUCUUUCGUUUCUCCAAAAACAGUAUGAUUUUUUUUAUUAUGCUGAUAAACUGCCUUUUGGGUUUCGACUAGGGAAAUUCUUAUAUAAUUCGUAAAAAAUGAUCUGAAAAAAGAUAAUUGCUGUUGCAGGUUAAGAAGCACAUCAAACAAGGACAAGGUCACGAGGGUGGAAUUUUUACAGUUGAAGCUCCUCUUCAUGUCUCAAAUGUUCAGGUUCUUGACCCGCAAACAGGGUAUGCCGGUCUUUGUAUAUACCUUUGGCGCUAUGCUUGCAGGAGUGUUGGUCUUGAUUAGUUGCUUUCUUUGUUUUCCAUCCAGGAAACCUUGUAAGAUUGGAUAUGCUUACAUGGAAGAUGGGACAAAAGUGAGAGUUGCAAGGGGCGUAGGGGCUUCUGGAUCUAUCAUUCCUCGCCCAGAGAUUUUGAAGAUAAGGGCCACACCAAGACCUAAUAUGGGUAACAUUCCACUUGCUUUCUUCAUAUUCAUUGUUCUCCAAAGCUAAUGUUGACAUUCCAUGAUAAUUCGGGGCAUAUUCUGGAUACAUUUGAGAAAACAUGAGUAGUAGUCAUUCUCUUCUGUUACAAGACUAGCUGAUUAUGCCUUUCUUGCGAUUCUGUUCUAAUGGCGGAUGUAUGGUCCCAUUCACCCUUACGUCAGUUGUCUAACUGCCCUUUCCUUUCGGAAUUUUCUGAAUUAUGCUUGUAAGGAAAUUUUUCUCAUUGGUCUUAGUCCCUUUCUUCUGGAAAAUUGCUCACAUUGUUCUUCUAACAUUUGGAUUUGUAUGCUGGUUAUAGUUUCAUCAUACCAUUCCUAUCCUAGCACUCUGUGUCCUCUUUAUGAAAAUGGAUGAUGGAGUGUGAGGCUGUCUUCUUCCUUUGGUGUGGGAAUCUCGAUUCGAUUUCCCUAAUGUCAGAGAUUGUGGAAGAAAAUAUGUUAGUCUAUAAAUAUUCAGGUGAUUGCAUCGCACAUCCCAAUUGAAGCAUGAAGUAUCUUCAUCAUUGACAGACGGCUUGUGUUACCCAGGUUGUCUGAUUUGGGUAUUUUUUUGGUGAUCUUUCAUAUAUUUAUUCUAAAGUAGUCAAAUCAUCAGAAAUACUAAUGGAUUCCACAUCUCCCAGAUGGUGAUUUUAAUUUCUCAUAAGCUUUCCUAGACAGGAGUCAGAAACAUUCCCAUAGUCAUAAAAUAAGAAAUAUGUUAUACUGGUUUUAUUCAAUUCCCCCUGGGUGGUGAUUUGACGUUUCAGUUGGGUGACAUGAAUUUUCUCCCAAAGGGGCCAGUAUUCACUACUAGAUUCGCCACUUCAAAUUUUCUCACCCUCUUCACCUGUGAUUAUUCACUGAUAGAAACAGAGCCUUUUUCAAGUUGCUCAAUUGGAAAAAGAUGAAGUACUCCUGCUAUGUUCACCUUCAGUUAAUGUAAACUAGGAUGGGGUGAUACAAUGCUGCCCGUCUCUGUCUGAUCUUGCUGCUCCUUGCAUGGUGUCUACAAUUUUAGAUUUUAUCCACCUCUUUGAGUGAAGAUUAAGCUUUUCUUUUUGGGAAUUCAACUCAUGUCCUCUUCCUGUUUGAUUCAUGCUUGAAACGUUUGCCUAGUAAUGAGAUUGGUAAGAAUUUCAUCGGUGGGGCCACCAUACUGGCAACCCUCAGAAUGUUUAGUACAUUCGAUUCUAGGAAUUGCCUGCAUUCCCAUACUUGUUGAUUAUAUACUCGAGUUCAACACUCAGGCAACAAGAGGAGCACAAAACGGAUCUAUAAGGCUUUGUUGACUUAAAUUUUGUAAGCUCUUUUAUAACUGAUAGAGCCAUACUCGGGUACUGUCCUGUGGAUUUUGAUUGGUUCAGAGUUCAGAUUGAUUCUGGCAGACUCUGGUUCAAUCAACAGCUGAUCCUGGGGUUGACUACGAUGGUGCUUUACAUUAAUUCAUCUCUGUCUGGUGUUUCAUCAUGCACUAAAUCCUUGAGCCUUAGCAAUGAUAUGCUUUGCCUUCCAAUAAGUAGCUUUCAACUCUCUCGGAAGCUGCAAUGGACACUGCAACUCGAUUUGAGAAAAAAACAUCCAUUUUAAAUGAAUAUUUUGAAAGUCUGCUGUUUGAAUAACCAUAUCUAGAGGACUUUCUUUAACUUUCAAGAAAGAAAAUUGAAACAAAGAUGAUGUGAGACUUUGUGCUGAAGAAGGCUCAAAUGCUUCCUUUACAGGUAAAACCACUUAUCUGAAGUUAUUCUUGACGUCAUCAAGCGACCUAUGUUCCUGUAAUAAGUUGGAGAAGGAUAUGACUUCUACCUUCAGCAGACUAUAUACACUGAACAUCUUUGAUCACUUGAGAUAUCCAAAUAGAAUCUUCUUGUGCUGUAAUAGACAUGCCAUUUGUCUUAUCAUUGAUGCACAAGAGUAUUGCUCAUGAGAUAAGGGUCUAAGCAAGAGAUGGAUCAACAUCCACUGUAUUCAUUCCCAGUUCUUGAAAGCAUUCUAAGGGCACUUCAAAUUUUUUGACGUUAUAUUCGCUUAAAUAAUGUACAGUAGCUACAGAUCUGUGAGAUGACCGAGAUGAGCGCAUGCAUCUCCUAGGUGACUAGAUAUAGAUUUAGUUUUAAACUUCAAGAACAGUAGUAACACGGAAUCUAUAAGUUCGUUUUCUUUCUCGUAUGUUUAUUUAGUGUACCUUAACUGUAGCUUUAAAUUGAUUUUGGUAGUUGUAUUGUAGGCAUUUUUCUUUAUAAUUGACUGGGAAAAUGAACUUGUGGACGGGAUUUAUAGUCUUACAUACAUCGGUAUUUGGUUUGCAGUUGGAUCCAAAGACACUCCCAUGGACCUUGUAAUGGAGAAGACAUAUGAUGCUAAAUUUGGUAAAGGCAUGCCUGAGCUGUAG